CCUCCGCCAACGUGUAGAGGGGAAGCAAGGCAGGCAUCCACGUCAAGCCAUUCCACGCGCCUCCAUUUGCGCGCGCGCCGACGCCAUGACCCAACCAUAAAAGACCACAAGCCCCACACUUGAGCUCCCAAACUCCACACCACCGGCAGCCCAAGCACAGGCCACAGCUUUGCGAUGCCCAAGCCCAACCCGCCCACCCCCUCCUCGCCGUCACCGCACCCGGCCCCGGCGCGCAAAUCUGCGUCCAGCCGCCGGCGGCAGCGCCUCCUCGCGUCCCCGAAGCCCUCGUCCGCUCCCACCUCCUCGUCGGCGUCGUCGGCGUCGUCGGCGUCGUCUUCCUCCGCCUCCUUCUCCUUCGCCCCCUUCUCCCCGGCGCCCUCCCCGUUCCACCACCGCUUCCUCUCCCCGCUCCGGGCAUCCGCGGUGCCCUUCUCCUGGGAGCACCGGCCCGGCAUCCCCAAGACCCCCGCGCGCGGCGCCGGCACCCGCAGCAAGUCCGGUGCCCCGCCGCUGCCCCUCCCGCCAUCGCUCUUCUCCAACAACAAGGUGGUCGCCGAGUACUCCUUCGGCCCCGACGGCGCUUACUCCGUCGUGCCCGGGAAGGCGAGGAAGCGCAAGCAGCAGCGGCGGUGGCCGGCGGUGACCGACGCCCUGACCGAGUGGCUGGCCGUGCUGAGCCUGUACCGGUCGUGCACGAGGUCCCGCGACUCCCUCGCCGCCUCAGGCCCGCCGCCGCAGCCGCGCCGGUGCUCUCCCGCCUAAGCCCGGCGUCGAUGAGUACGUAGAGAGUUGGUGUGCGUGUGCACGUAUCGUCCUUCCUUCUUUUUUCUUCUUCUUGUUGGGUGUGUGUGUGGCUUGUGUUGAGUUCGUAUCGUACGUACGUAUACGUUCGUUGGCGCCCGAUCGUAGUUAGCGCCGAUGAAUUAGGAAUGUUGCUUGCGAAUUUGGUGACAAGACGCUGUAACUAAGGGUGUCUUUUCGUGUGUCGGUAUAUGCAUGUGCUUGCCUCAACAAUAAUUAAUGGAUAAUUCGGCACCAUUGAUUGAUUA